AUGAAGGUUACCGUCAAAUCAUCCAACGACCAGUCGUUCCAGGUCACCGUCCCGGACAACUCCACCGUGGACGAUCUCAAGGUCGCGGCCGUGGUGGCCCUCCCCCCAGAUUCUGCCGUCAGCAAAUCAAACGUCAAGGUUUGGUAUUCUGGUAAGAAAAUGGAGCUCUCCAAGACUCUGGAUUCGUACGGUAUCGGCCAGGAAACAAACUCCACUGUUUACUUGACAUGUACCGAUGAGUCGUCAUCGGCUCUGACAGACGAUGAGUCCACUGUGGUUGAGCAGCCAAAGACAAAGGUGAGAAGAAAGUCCAGCAAGAAGUCCAACAAGUGUUCGUUCGAAACCUGCCAUUCCGCUCCGCUGCGCAUGGUCGGGGACUGCUCCUUCUGCCAGGGCAAGUUCUGCUCCAAACACAGAUUAUUAGAAAGUCACAACUGUAAAGGUCUCCAAACUUGCAAAGAGAAGAGUUACGAGAGAAACGCUCUGAAGCUCCAGAGCGAACAGACUGUCGCAUCCAAGGUCUGA